CUGCCCUUCGAGUGAGUUGGACUUCUUUCCUCUGGAGUGAGAAUUGAAGGCAGGGAGACUCAGGCGAGUACUUUCUGUGCCUCCAUCAUGCAGAACAGCUCCAUCACCAAGUUCUCCUGCUACCAUGCAUCUGUACUGGGCUAUCGUUAUGUUGCAGUUAGUUGGGGGGUGGUGGUAGCUGUGACGGGCACCGUGGGCAACGUGCUCACCCUGUUGGCCUUGGCCAUCCAGCCCAAGCUCCGGACCCGCUUCAACCUGCUCAUCGCCAACCUCACGGUGGCCGAUUUGUUGUACUGUACCCUUCUCCAGCCCUUCUCUGUGGACACCUACCUCCACCUGCAGUGGCGCACUGGCGACACCUUCUGCAGGGUCUUUGGGUUUCUCCUCUUUGCAUCCAAUGCCGUCUCCAUCCUCACCCUCUGCCUUAUUGCCCUAGCACGCUACCUCCUUAUUGCCCACCCUAUGCUCUUUCCCCAAGUUUUCAGUGCCAAGGGGAUGCUGCUAGCGCUGGUGAGCACCUGGGUAGUGGGCGUGGCCAGCUUUGCCCCUCUCUGGUCCAUCUAUACCUUGGUGCCUGUAGUCUGCACCUGCAGUUUUGACCGCAUAAAAGGCCGGCCCUACACCACCAUCCUCAUGGGCAUCUACUUCGUGCUGGGGCUCAGCAGUGUUGGCAUCUUCUACUGCCUCAUCCACCGCCAGGUGAAGCGAGCAGCACAGGCACUGGACCAGUACAAGCAGUCGAGUGUCCACUCCAGCCAUGUGGCUAGGACGGAGGAGGCUAUACCCGGUCGUUUCCAGGAGCUGGACAGCAGGCUGGCAUCGGAAAAGCCAAGUGAGGGGAUUUCAUCUGAACCAGUCAGUUCCACCACCACUCAGACCGUGGAAUGGGACUCAUCAGAAGUGAGGAACCAGCACAGCAGGGAGGUAGCUAAGCAGAUGGCAGAGAAAAGCCAUCUAGAAGCACCAGCCAAGACCAGGCCAACUAAAAAAGCCCAAAGAACUCAGGACUCUCCAUCAGAAUUUGGGAAGGUUACUCGGAUGUGUUUUGCUGUGUUCCUCUGCUUUGCCCUGAGCUACAUCCCCUUCUUGCUGCUCAACAUCCUGGAUGCCAAAGCUCACGCUCCUCCGGUUGUCCACAUGCUCACUGCCAAUCUCACCUGGCUCAAUGGUUGCAUCAAUCCCGUGCUCUAUGCAGCCAUGAACCGUCAGUUCCGCCAAGCCUAUGGCUCCCUCCUAAAACGAGGCCCCCAGAGCUUCCGUAGGCUCUGCUCCAUUAGAACCUUGUCCCCAGUCACCAGAAUCCAAGACUGACUGCUCCAGAACUAAAGUGGCCAACUGGUAGGGAGUGGAUGAAAGUAAGACCUGUGGGCAUUUUCACAGACAGUUUUCCUCGCACCUGCAAACCAGGCUUCUCCAUCCCUUGAUGAGUGCUUCAUCUCUAGGCUGCGCAAGGUGCAUUAUAAUUAAUAAAUGAAUUCUAUUC